GCGUUGAUGUUAAAUUCUCACCAACGUUCUACUCUUUUUUUGGGCUUAAUCCAAUUCCCAAACAGUGUACUAAAACCCUAACCUUCUCCCUCUCUCUCUCUCUCUCUGCGAGUCUGCAACGAUCAAAGAGGCAAUCUUUUCAGAUCAGAAUGCCUGAAAGCAAGCCAGUGAUUGGUCUUUCAUGGGAACCAAAGCUUCCUCCAUUCUCAUCUGGAACCAAAAAGGGGUCUGAUAAAGCUAAAAAUCUGCCUGAAAGCAGUGCACUGUAUAAACCCACUACUGAGCUCAUUGACGGGCUGUUUGUUCCACCUAACAACCCAAAACAAUUGAAUAAAUUACUGAAGAAACAAGUCAAAGAUACCACUGGGAAGAAUUGGUUUGACAUGCCUGCCCCAACUGUCACGCCGGAGUUGAGAAAAGAUCUCCAGUUACUUAAGUUGAGGAGUGCCAUGGAUCCAAAGAGGCACUACAAGAAGAGUGAUACAAAAUCAAAGACACUUCCGAAGUAUUUUCAGGUUGGAACGGUGAUAGAAUCAGCAUCGGAAUUCUUCACAGGCAGACUUACUAAGAAGGAGAGGAAGGCAACCCUUGCUGACGAGCUACUUUCAGAUCCUUUCCUUGGGGAUUACAGGAAGCGCAAGGUUCAAGAGAUUGAAGAACGAAACCGUCCGGGUGGGGUUGACAAAUGGAAAAUAAAAGGUCGGCAAUCACGGAAGCGUGCAAAGCAAAGAAGGCACUGAUAACUACAAAUACUGACCCACAGUAUGCCAUUCCCGGUCAGAUUUUUCCAAUCAAGAAUCUCAUGAAAUCCAUAGGAAGAUUCAUUUUCAGUCAAGACAGAUCCACAGAAAAAAAUUCUUUCAUAGCAUUGGUGUUUAUGAGAAGCAAAUUACAUCUUAUCAUCGUUGAUUAUAUUGAAAAGACAUCUCACAGGUGGAAAGAGAGAACAACUUUCACAACUGCAGUUCUGGUGGUGAUUUCUUAGUACUUUGUUUGCUGUUGUAUCUUAUACUUGAAUGUAGACAUUACUCGGUCGUUAUUAAAAAUAAUUACUAGGAUUGAUGUUAAUUUUUGUCGAAUUUUUCAUCAUUUGGCCUUUGUGCAGCAUUUUACCAAAUUCUGCAACUGGAGGGCAGAGCUCGAGUCUUGAAUGUUACAGUCAUAUAACUGGAUAUCUAUCUGUUAUUUACGGAGUAUUUAUUUAUUUUAUGGUCCUUAUUUAGUA